GAUAGGCCUUUCGAAAUUUUUUGUAGAUAACACUCUUUCCACUCUCCAUCUCCAAGCUUCAAUUCUGAGAAACAAUGGCGACUUCUUCUGCACCUUCUUUCUCAUUCUUCUCGUCUUCUACAUUUCUCUCCUCUCCUCUCCGCAAAGCUCCUUCUAAGCUCCUGUUCUUGAAAUCCCCAAAGCCCAGAGUUUACCGCUCUGCCGCCGUCCGUGCAGAGCAGGCCACACUCCCAAUCCUCUCUUUCGACGGCGACCAAGUAGGGUCCACCACCCUUGACAUCAAGUCCGCCCCUCCCUACACCGCCCGCGCCGUCGUCCACCGCGGUCUCGUCACCGACCUCCGCAAUAAGCGUCGAGGCACGGCCUCUACCCUCACCCGCGCGGAGGUCCGCGGAGGCGGCAAGAAGCCUUACUCACAGAAGAAAACGGGGCGGGCUCGGAUGGGGUCUUUCCGUACUCCUCUCCGUCCCGGAGGUGGAGUCGUGUUUGGGCCAAAGCCCCGGGACUGGUCAAUUAAGAUUAACAAGAAGGAGAAGCGGCUCGCCAUUUCCACCGCCCUUGCCAGUGCCGCGGAAAACUGCAUCGUCGUCGAGGAAUUUAGUGAUAAAUUCGAAAAACCUAAGACUAAGGAACUCAUAGCCCUGAUGAAGAGGCUGGGUUUGGACCCGAAAGAGAAAUGCAUGUUCUUGAUGACGGAGGCGUCGGAUAAUGUGAUGCUUUCGGGGCGAAACCUUGGGAAGUUGAAGAUGUUGACUCCUCGGACUUUGAAUUUGUUCGACAUUUUGGAUUCUGAGAAGUUAGUGUUUACGAAAUCCGCCCUCGAGUUCUUGAAUGAGAGGUAUGGAAACGAUGCCGACUGGGAGAACGAUGAGGGUUUGGAGAACGAGGAAGAUGAAGAAGAAGAAGAAGGAGCUGAGGCAGAUGAAACUGCCAAUUCUUCAGACUGAAAUCUUUGUAGAUCAUUAAUUAAGCCAAAUGAUAUAUUAUUGAAGCUAUUUCUGCUUUUACAGCUUACUUUGUUUAGCUCUUAUAUUCUUUGGCUUUGUCAUGUUAAUUGAACCCCCUCAGUGUAUUUUUGGCUGUUUGAGUUCUUUGAAACUGAUUCAUAGAUUUGCUUGUAAGAAUUGCUGGAUAGAUCAAUGCUAUGGGAUUCAUUUAUAA